AUGCUACACACCGCUCUCCUCCCCUUCCUUCUCCUCAACUUCGCCGUUGCCACCGCAGCGCCACCACUCCGGCCUCAUUUUUACGCGGAAACUUGCCCGGAAGCUGAACAUCUGGUCAGGGAUGUGAUCAAGAAGAACAUGGAGAGGGAACCAAGAAGUGCCGCAUCAGUCAAUCGCUUGCAAUUCCAUGAUUGCUUUGUUAAUGGAUGUGAUGGUUCAUUGUUGCUGGAUGAUACGCCAAGCAUGCUUGGGGAGAAAUUAUCUUUGUCGAAUAUAAAUUCAUUAAGAUCAUAUGAAGUUAUUGAUGAAGCCAAGGAAACCUUGGAGAGGGUCUGCCCAGGUGUCGUCUCUUGUGCCGAUAUCCUAAUCAUGGCUGCAAGAGAUGCAGUGGUUCUAAGUGGAGGACCUGAUUGGGAAGUGAAAUUAGGAAGGCAAGAUAGCUUGACAGCAAGCCAAAAAGAUGCAGAUGACAUAAUGCCAAGUCCAAGAGCCAAUGCAAGUUUUCUCAUUGAUCUCUUCAGCAAAUUCAAUCUCUCUGCCAAAGAUUUAGUAGCUCUUUCUGGCUCUCACUCCAUUGGCAAAGGAAGGUGCUUUUCUAUUGUUUUUCGACUCUAUAAUCAAUCCGGCACGGGCAGACCGGACCCUACAAUAUCGCCGAUUUUCAGAGAGAAUUUAGAUAAGCUUUGUCCCCUGGGAGGAGAUGGGAAUGUAACAGGGGGCUUGGAUGCAACACCUGAGAGAUUUGAUAACCAGUACUUUAAGGACUUGAUGAAUGGGAGAGGAUUUCUCAAUUCUGAUCAGACUUUGUUUACAUAUCCAAAGACUAGUCAAUAUGUGAGGCUGUUUGCAAGGAAUCGGAAUGAAUUUCUCAAGGCCUUUGUUGAGGGGAUGAUUAAAUUAGGUGAUUUGCAAUCAGGCCGCCCCGGGGAAAUUAGACAGAAUUGUAGAGUAGUUAAUAGCCGACCAAUUGAUGUAUUACCGUAG